AGCAAGUGGUAUAUUUGUAUAUUCAAACUUUUUAUGUAGCACUCUUACCUAGAUAUAUAUACAUAUAUAAAAAUGCAUGCAAAGAAUGCUGCGAUGUGUGCCAUGUCCAAAUACGAUGGCGCGGUGACAAUCUAUUCACCAGAUGGACACUUGUUGCAAGUGGAGUAUGCACAGGAGGCGGUGCGCAAGGGCUCCACAGUGGCAAGUGGGACUGCGUACCAAGGACUUGAUUGUAAUGGGGCUGGAGAAGCGUGCAGUGGAUACGCUGCAAGUGGAACGUACAGCACGCAAAAUAGUUAAAAUCGAUGAUCACAUUAUAAUGACAUUUGCUGGACUUACAGCCGAUGCACGCGUGUUGAUUAAACGAGCGCAAUCCGAGGCGCAGAGUCAUAAGCUAAACUUUGAGCGUCCAGCCACAGUGGAGUAUAUGACGCGUUUCUUGGCCAAGCUGAAGCAGCGUUAUACGCAAAGCAAUGGACUGCGUCCGUAUGGCGUUGCUUGCUUAAUUGGCGGCUUUGAUGAUCAGGGCGAGCCGCAUUUGUUUCAAACCGAACCCUCGGGCAUUUUCUAUGAAUGGUCAGCGAAUACGACGGGCCGCUUGGGUGCGACGGUGCGCGAGUAUUUGGAAAAAAAUGUGGCCAGCAUGGUUGCCUCGCCGGAUGAGCACAUGGCGGUGAAGCAUGUGGUGCGUGCGCUGCUCACUUGCACCUCCUUGGACGCCAGUUUCUAUGAAAUAGCCGUGCUUAAGCAUCGAGAGCCCAUGCGCAUGGUGAAAGCGGAUUUGCUAGCAUUUCUGGUUAAGCAAAUCAAGCAGGAGAAUGCCGAGGAGGAGGCUAGAAACAAGCGGCAGGCGUUGAAAUAAUUUUAGGCUACGUGUAUAAAUUUUCUAUUGUUAAAUUCCCACUUCAAUUAUAAUGCAGUCAUCAACUGCUGAUGAGCAGUAUU